AUGAGUAAUCUAGAGGCUAGCCGGAUUUUGGCGUCAGCUCUUAAAGAUGUUGAUGAGAUUCUGAAAGUGAAUAAAUAUGAAACAGAUGAUUAUGACGCUGAGAUCAGUAAUGACAAUCGAGAUAUAUUACCGAAAAUCUCAAUUCAGAAUACCGAAGGAAAGUCUCAUAAUGAAACUCUGAACGACAGCAGAAACGUAUUUGAUGAGGCAUAUCUUUACAGGGCUGGGAAAGACUUUUCCGUUCUAAUUAAUAGACUUCAAAUAUGCAUCAAUAAACUGAAUCAGUCAAAACCCGCACCUUCAAUCCACGCAUCAGAAUAUCAAGCUCUAAAUUUUGGAAUCACUGAGAACAGUUCAUUUGAUAUUGCUCAUCCCGCAACCACACAACCUACUAAAUUCAACUUGAAUUUAAGUGAACAAUCUAAACAAAUGCAGUCUCAAUACGUGUUUCCCCCGUAUGAAUUUAGUACAUGCCUCAACGAUAAACGCUUUCAUCAACGAAUCACUAAAUUACGAGGACAAAUACAAGCACAAGCUAAUCGUAUUGCAGAAUUAGAGAAAGAUGGAAAUCCAUUAUCUUAUUUGGUCAAUAAAAACUGUACAACCGAUCAUCGUAAUAAAAAUAUUAGUCAACUACCAACUGAUGUGGAUAAUCUUCAAUUAUUAAAUGAAGUUUCAAAACAACAUUUACGUAUUAAUGCACUGGAAGAGACUAAUCGAGAUUUAGAAGAGAAAAUUAACAAAUUAGAGAAAGAAUUAUCACAACGGCCAAGUUUAUUUAAUCCGAGGAAUUCAUAUGAAGAUUUGCAAAGUUUAAAAUAUAACAGACAAUGUGCAACAAUACAUCCGACUGUAUCUAAUCGAUCAGCUACAUUAUCAAAUAAUAUAAAUACAUUAAAUGAAUCAUCAAGAGAAUCAAAUAGGUUGAAUUAUCAAACUUUAUUCCGGCGUUCUAUCACUCCAGUUACAUUUAAUAAUAGUUGUUCAUUUAUCACUACAUCUAAUCAGCCUGAGUAUAAUUUGAAUUUUAUUCAUCAAUCACUAACUGGUACUCAGUCGACCCCACCGACAUCACGUUUAAUUUAUGAUAAACCAUACAGAUAUGAUGCUUAUAUACCAUGCGAACAAAUAAAUCAUAAUAAACUCUCAUCGCCUGGUGAAAAUUACGCCUACUUAAGUGCUGAUCAAUUUAAAUCUGCUAGUCUUAAUGAAUUAUGCUAUUCAAGAGUUACGCAACCUUUUACUACAACUACUAAUAUCAGUACUACUACUAGUAGUAAUAACAUCGUCAAUCCAAAUGCUAGUAGACGUUGGUUAGCACAAAAUCGAUAUAGUAUGAAAUCACCAGCUGAUAUUUUCAAUGGUGGCAUACAAUAUUCAGAUAGAAUAAAUCUACUUCCACCACAGUAUGGUAGUAGUUAUCAUCAACAUAUUUACAAUAAUUCACGUACACGAUCACCCACACAACUUCAAUGGUAUCAGUACACAAGAAAUAAUUUUAAUGAUGGUAGACAAACAUCAGCAGAUUGUGAAUUAAAUGGAAGUGUUAAUUUAUUCAAUUCAUCACGUGAAUGUGAUUCACCAUCUUCAGGAAGAUGUACAACUGUACAUGAUACCCAUUUGUAUACAUCAAGAAAUAAAUCAAAUUUAUCUAAUGCCUCCUCUUCUUCUCCUUCUGAGCAUCAACAUCAUAUCGAGACGAUGAACAAUUCAACAAAUAUUUUAAAAGAUGAAAAAAGUUCAUCACUUUCAAAAUCUACCCUUAAUGGAAAGAAUCAAUCGAAGAGAUUGAAUACUGAACGAGCCUUUCAUUGGCUUUCACAAGGUCAAAUGAAUAACUUCAUAUCAAAUGGUUUGAAUAAAUCGAAUUCCAUGCACCAUCAUCAAUGUAAACCAAAAAACAGUUUAAUCAAUUCUGCACUAUAUAUAAGGUCUAAAAGUAUGGAACGUUAUUAUGGUGGUGGUUCACUGAACAGAUCACGUAGAAAAACACAAGAAACUACUCUUCCUUCUAUGAGCAACAGUAAUAAUAGUCAUGUUGAUGAUGUUUCUGCUAAUCCUGUCUACAAUUCUUCACCACCUUCAGUUCUACAUACCAAUUCAAUUUGCAAUAACAAAUCACAACAGAGCUAUCAGGGAAGUGCCCUUGAAUCCAAUGAAAAUGGUCCAUUGAAUAAAAAUAUGUCUGUACUAAGUAAUAAUAAAUCGUGUAAUAAUCAUGUGAAAAAUGGACCUCAUUCAUUUGAUAGUUAUAAAAACAUUCAAUCUAUUUCAUCUUCUGUACAUCAUGAAUCGAAUGAGUUUACGUCUUCAUAUCUGGACAACGUUAACAAAUCCCCUUCAUCUCAUAAUGGUCUUAAUUCAUCCAGUGAACAACGUCAAUCAUUUCAAUUCGCCUAUACUAAGCGAAAUUUUAUCACUUGGGAUAAAAAUAUGAUUUCAGCAUGGUUAUAUAAAAUUGGUCUAGGUUAUACAGUAUCACAUACACGAAGAUGGUUAACUUCUGGUCAAGAUUUAAUAAAUGAAUCUAAAAAAUCACUUGCACAAUUAAUGUGUAUACGUAACCCGUUACAUUUGAAGAAAUUGUUAAUCCAUAUACGUUUAUGUAUGAAAGACCAGUAUCCUAAUAAUAGUAAUAAUAUUAAUAAUAAUUACAAUUAUGGGUGUUUAUAUAGAAAUAUAGAACCACCUGAAAAUUUCGACAUACCGGGUUGGUUACAUGAUGUGGGUUUAUCAUCUUAUAUUCCACAAUUCGAUAAUUGCAUCAUUGACCCUUAUGUGCUAGAUCAACUUACUAUGGAUGAUUUAUCUGUGUUGAAAAUGUCUAGUGAAUUACAUAUGUUAAGUUUACGAUGGGGAUUACAAAUGUUAAGACAUAUUAAUUUUGAUAGAAAUCGUUUAUGCCGAAGUCAGAUGGAACAAUGUGAAGCAAAUUUACCUUGUAAAAGAAACAUGUUACAUUCUCCCAUCCAAUCGUUAAAUCAUAUUCAAGAUAAUAUAAAACCUAAUAAUGGACAUAAUGGAAAUCAUGUGCAUACGUCUUGCUUGAAUACUAUUUCUACUUUACAACCAGAUUCCAUGAAUUCUGAUAUUAAUUUUAUUUGUUCAACAUAUUUACCAAUACAAAUUUGUUAUUGGACUCAACAACGAGUAAUGAAUUGGUUACAAAGUAUCGAAUUACCUGAAUAUGCUAGCGAAUUAUGCGGAAAUGGUGUACAUGGUGCUUUAAUGAUUCUAGAAGAUCGUUUUACACCAGAUCUUUUAGCUGAUAUUUUGCGAAUUCCUCCAGUGAAAUCACUUGUUAGACGACAUUUAACAAAUAAAUUUAUUGAACUUGUUGGGUUAGAUAUAUGGAAGCGCAAACAACAUAACGAAACCACUAAUAAUAAUAAUCCACUGACAAUACAUUCUAAAAUCAAAUUUACGAAAAAGAAAAAUAUUUUCAAUUCUAACCGUGGACACAAGUCCAACCAUCACAAUCAUGUUAGUGGUGUCGGUGAUGAUGAUGCAAGUACUGAGCUUGUUUGUCCUAUUGAAAUCGAUGCCAGUCAUACGAGUAUCUUUGCCGAAGAAAUAGUCAAACCUAAUCGUCAAAGCAUACAUCUGCAAGCAGAAAAUGUUCCAACAAUACUCAUCGAUCCGGUUGCUGCAAAAGUGCAGCACCUAGAACUUCAAGAAACUGACCUGUGAAUCAAGUAUGUUGAUGAUGUUUUUUCUUCCUUUUUUAUGUUGAAUAAUGUAUACCGACAUCUAUGUAACCAAAGAAUUAUUCAAUGACUUUUUAAUGGAAGAAACUUUACUCAAAGUUUAAGCUUUUGUUAAUAAGAGAAAAUAUAAUAUAAUGUGUAUCCUGUUCAAGAUGCAAAGUUUCAGUGAAACAUUAUAUUGCCUGAGGGUGGCUCUGAUUCACCAACUCACCUAUUUUUGCUGGUUUCAACAUGGAGAUUCGUGGAGUUCUGAUGAUAGGUUGUAACUAUUGUAGUUCAGCCAAUUCAAGAAAAUGUGUGGGCAUGUAGCAGUUGUCCACAGAUGUAUGGCGUUUGCAUGACUGAUGCCAAUCACCCCAAAACUGACUGAAAUUGAAUAAAUGAACAAUGAAAUUCUAACUUACCAAACUAAAAGUACCAUUUUCAUUGUCAGAUUUGAAAGUUCUUAUUUUAAUGUCCAUGAAGAAUAUUUGAGCAACCAAUUGUUUUCAAUAACUUCAUCAUCAGGCUCGACAGUUAUAAGUCCAUAA